UUCCCUUUCCCUGAAGCCACCGGCCGCCACUGCUGCCUGCCGGAGCGGGACAGGACUAGCAAUGAAGAAGAUCAAGGCGGCGCGCGGGGGAGCGGCGGCCACGGCGCCGACCGACCUGCUCGUCUGCUUCCCCGGGCGGCAGCACCUGGCGCUGAUGCCCAAGUCCAUGUGCAGCCCGUCCAGGGCCGCCCUGGACAAGGCGGUAGCCGCGCGCCGGAGGCAGCUGCAGUUCCCGGCCGCGCCCGCCGCGCGGUACGGGGGAGGAGGGCGUGGCAGUACUAGUAGCCCGCUGUUCCGCGGCUCUAAGGCGAAGCAGAGUGUCGGGGACGACGAGCCGCAGUCGCCCAAGGUGACGUGCGCCGGGCAGAUCAAGGUCGGCCGGCCAAAGAAGCCGAGACCGGUGGUGGAGAAGCACGGUCCUAAGGGCGACGGCGGCAGUGGCAGCAGGUGGGUCACCGUGGCGGAGGAGAUCGAGCGGCUGCAGGAGCGGAGGAAGAAGGCGAGCUGGCUAGAGACCGUCGGGAUCAGGAGGGACGCGCUGCCCUUCCUCGGCGGCGCGCUCUGGAGCCUUCGGCACAAGGUGAGGUGCUUCGGGUCGUCGCUCCCCGCCGCGGUGGACUCCUCGACGGACGACGACGAUGACGUGGGGGAGCGUGGGCGCGAAUCCACCGCCGUCGGAGGCAGCGCCGCCGCGAGCGUGUUCUCCAAGUGGCUCAUGGUGCUGGAACGGAGCCAUGAACCCCACGAGCAAGACGACAACGACGACAAGCCAGACCAAGAAGACGGGCGGCCGAGCAAUGAGGCGGGAGACGACUGCUCCAAAGCGCCGUCAGUGCCGCCGCCGAACGCUCUGCUCCUAAUGCGGUGCCGGUCGGCGCCGGCGAAGGGCCUGACGAGGAAAGGAGCAGAACCGGCCGGCGAGGAGGCCGCGCAGGAGAAGGGGGGCGUGGAGGAGAAGAGGGACGAGCUGGUGUUCAUGAGAACGGCGCCGGACUUCCUGAAGCUGUCCAUCGACAUCGCCAAGGAGACGUGGGUCGUCGGCGGCGUGGACCCCCUCGCGCGCAGCCGGAGCUGGAAGAGGUGACCUCUAGUCGCGCGCCGGUAGCCGUUGUACAGAGCUCUACGUGUGCCUUCCCUGUGCCUCGCCGGUUCCAGUGUUCAUUUUCCGCUUUGCAAAGCAUAAAUCCGAGCUACAGAAAAUGUUGUACGGUAGUAUGUUUCUCCGCGAUUCAAUGUCGACACGAUCGUAAGAGAAUCUGUGAUUGAAGUGACGCGGUGGUGAAAGGGACAUG